UUGCAAAUAUAUGUAAAUAUUAUACUAGAAAAACGAGUGCACUUUUAGUAUUUUAGUACCGGUUUUAGUACACUUAACCGGUUGUUUCCGGUUUAGCCCAUAUUCGUGGCCCUCUUGUGGACGAGCCGAGUAGUGCAGCUGUUCCAAAUAACGAAAAUCUCGCGAGAUCUGGACACUUUUGUUUCUGAUAAUGGCGGCGUCCUGUGUGUGUAAACACGCAGCAUGGGAUGUGAUUAUUAUUGGCUACAGUUGAAGUUUUAUUGCCAGAAGCGCUGUGUUUAUGCAUGUUAAAUAAGUGGAAGGAGGAAAUUUAACCGAAGGACAUCAAGGCGCGACAAAUUUUGGAACAGGAUUCAGUUUUUUGCACCGUCCCCAGAAACAUUACUCUGAUGGCCCAAACUUCUGUCUGAGAACGAUAGUGACACACAAACCAAACGCCUUCUGAAGGUCUUUCCCACACACACACUUCUAGACUCAGAGACUGAGAGAGGUGUGAAUAUGUCCGAUCCUGGACCCUGCAGUGAGGCGGUUAGUUUAGGAGGAACAGGACAGGAGGCAGAAGCUGAUGGAGAUCCACCUUGUGCUGAGCCUCCUCCACCCUGCACUGAAGAGGAUGCUCAGCUUACUGCCAAACAGCCACCUCUUGGUGAAGGGAUGGAGAUAGACUUUGGUCGGCCUGAUACAUGCACUGAGACACUAACAGGAGUUAGUGAGGAUCAGGAUGCUGGUGGAAUCCCAGACAAAGUGUCAGAGGAUGCAGGAGAGAGACCUGAAGAAUUGACACAAAGAGAUGAAGAGUGGCAAGAAACUGAAGAGACAGUCGCAGUGACUGAGAGGAAAGAGGAUGAAGGAGGAGAUGAGCAGGAAAACACUGACACAGAGCCCACUGAGUAUCAGCGUCAGUACCUGGGCCUGGAUUUCAGUCAGAACCUCCAGAUGCUGACAGGGUCCUGGGCAGAAUACACACACACUCCGGAGAACUACCUCAGAGGCUGCAAAUGGGCUCCAGAUGGUUCCUGUAUCCUCUCGAACAGUGCAGAUAAUGUGCUGCGUGUGUAUAAUCUCCCGCCCGAGCUCUACAGCAGCAGCUGGGAUCUGCUCUCAGAGAUGAGUCCUGUGCUGAGGAUGACUGAAGGAGACACCAUCUAUGACUACUGCUGGUUUCCAAAGAUGAGCUCUUUGGAUCCAGACACCUGCUUUAUCGCUAGCAGUAGCCGUGACAACCCAGUCCACAUAUGGGACGCUUUCUAUGGUAACCUCUGCGCAACCUUUCGACCCUACAACCACCUGGAUGAGCUGACGGCAGCCUAUUCGUUGUGUUUCUCUCCGGAUGGCUCGCAGCUCUACUGCGGAUUUGAUAAGACAGUCAGGGUGUUCUACACAGAGCGCCCUGGUCGGGAUUGUGAGCAGAGGCCUACUGUCGUGAAGAAACAGGGCCAGAGUGGUAUAAUCUCAUGCAUGGCAUUUAGUCCAUCUCAGCCAGUGUACGCCUGCGGUUCAUAUUCACGAACAGUGGGUCUAUACUCGUGUGAGGAUGGAUCAAUGUUGGCUCUCUUGCCUCAACGCCACCAUGGUGGAGUCACACACCUGCUUUUCUCCCCGGAUGGCAACCACCUGUACACAGGCGCCCGCAAGGAUCCAGAGAUCCUGUGUUGGGAUCUGAGAGAUCCGGGUCAGGUUCUGUUCUCACUACCCAGAACUGUGAGCACUAACCAGCGCAUUUACUUCGACCUAGAUCCGUCUGGCCGGUACCUCGUGAGUGGAGACACUGAGGGAGUGAUGUCAGUAUGGGACACAUUGACAGCCCCUCCUGAUGGUAAUGAAGAGGUGCUGAGGCCCGUGCUCCAGUUUCAGGCUCACACAGACUGCACUAAUGGCAUCAGUCUUCAUCCUUUUAUGCCAUUAGUGGCGUCCUGCAGCGGUCAGCGUCAGUUCCCGUGGCCUGGAGACAGCGAUGACUCAGACUUAGAGGAGGACAGGAUGAUGACAUCCAGCGACAUCAGAGAGGACAAUGGGCUCGUGCUGUGGUGGGCGGGGCCACUGGGUUCAACCAGUGAACAGGGGCAGGAAGAAGGGAGCACGGCUUGAGAACUUAUCAUCUGUAACUGUUCCAUUUUUCGUGAACUGGACCAAGAUUUACGAACUGCCUGGUUGCAGUAACGACUGUGACAGGGAUUUAUAUAUUCGUGUAUAAUGUCAGAGACAGUCUUACAAACAAUGAGCUAAAGACUUUAUUGAUUAUAGAGAAGCUUGUAAUGUGUUUUGAGUGAGGUCUUUCACAGAUUCUGAUGGCAGAGGAAAAGGAUUUAAAAGCUCAGUUGAUUUUUAAAAAAAGCAAAGGCCUAAGCCAGGCAGUGAACUUUUUCAAUCCAUUAGUGAAUUAGUUCAGUAUAAUGUGGCCAAGGACUUUAAAUUUUUUUUUUUUUUUUUUUUUUCAUUAAGGGAAUUGGAUUCUCUUUAGUGCUUGUGUUGCACUGAUCGCUCCCCAGUAGGAAAUUUACUUCGUUUGUUUUUUAACUUGCAGUAUUUACUGAUUGUGGCAACUGAGAAAAGCCUUUCGCUCUUUUGAGAAAUUGAAAAAGACAUUUCCUUGAAUACGAAGUUGCUUAAAUGGUCAUGUUGGAGAUAAGAAUGGAGGCACACACUGAAUCAUUGCUUGGCAUUCUGUGUACUUUUUCCUCCACUGCCCUCCCAAUCUAAUUCUUCUGCUCCGGUGAGACGCUGCUUCAUUUAUUACAUCUUCUGUGUGCAGUGCUGCCGUGUACAUCUGUAAAUCAUUUUUUUAGUCAAUGAUAACAUGAGUGUAAGAACCAGCUUUUUCUUUGCUCUACAACCCCAGUGAGUCUGGAUAUCCACACAGAUUUGUACAUGUUUUGGGUGACAAUUGGGAAUGUGGGUAUGACUGUCUUUUGUAGGAUAUGCAAGUGGUGGAUCUGAAUCUAAUUAACGUAGGCUAUUUACAGGGAGCUAUUUAUAGAUUGUAAAUGACUUUAUAAACUUCUGUCUCUUGAAGUGCCUGAUCACUGAAGGUGCAGUUUGACAUUUUUAAAUGUGCUUCGAGAUCUACAAUGAUCAUGUCUCUUCAAAGAUACUUUUAAAAAAACUGAUGCAUAAUAUUGUCAGGCAAUUAAUCUUCACGAGUUUGAGGUUUGUGGAUAAAUGAAAUAGGCUCUACCUCCAGCUGGAACAGAGCUGCUCAGGAUUACUAGAGAUGCAUCAAUACCUAUCCUAGUACCAAAAACACAUACUUGGUCUGUAAUAAAGAAAAAAACCUGUAUCAGUGCAUUACUACUGUAUACAGAA